AUGGCUAAUGGUUCUCUCGAAAAGCAAACUGAAAAGCGUGUCAUCAAGUCGAAAAAAGAACUGCUCACAACCAUCCUCACCGAUGAUGGUGAAUCAUUCAAUCAAAAGUUGAUCAAAAAGCUUGGUAUCCAAGGUGUACAGCAUGCGUUGGACCGUAAAAAACAUUUCCUAGAAAGAAUCUUAUGGCUACUGUUGAUUGCAUUGGCCAUGUACGGUGCACUGUUCAUCGGUCUCCAUCAAAUGGAACGCUUUCGGGCAAACCCCACCGUCAUACAGCUGGAUAAAAAUUAUCGUGAUUGGGUUGGAACAAUGCCAGCUGCAACAAUUUGUUUCCAGAAGCGCUUCGAUUACAGUAGGGCACUCUCCUACAUUGAACGCAACAAUCUGACCAACCGCAAAGAUUCAGCGCAACUCCAGCAUAUGGUAGACUUUAUCCAAACAAUUGUGAAUUUGACCGGAACAAACUUUAACACGUUAGCGUUAUUACCAACGUCGAUGACCAAUGAACGUCUAGCAAAUGUGGAUAUACCGUCUUUACUGAGUGAGGUACAUCCAAAUCACGAUGUUGUAAUAUAUGGUUUUAACCAAGUUCAAGAUAAGCUACUAAUUAAAAAGGUAAUGACGGAGCGUGGCAUCUGCUACAUGCUAAACUCUGCGUUUACGGAAAUUCAAAUCAACGCUAUUAAAAGGUUUGUGCCACUCUAUAUUAUCUAA